CUUUCUUUCCCUUUUUUAUCUUUCCAUUUAUAUUUUCAUUAUUAACCCCACUCUUUUUUAUCUUAUUAUUAUUAUUAUUUUUUUGUCAACAACAAGGAAGACAACAAUCAUACGACUGUCAUCAAAAGGGAACAAGCAACUUUUUCUUUUUUCAUGUCUGAUGAAUCCAAGGAACCAGCCAUCAAAGAGAAGAAAGGAGAAGCCAACAAUACUUCGAAUCUAAAUGCUGCUUGUUUUCGUUGUCGUGGUUUUAGACAUGCUUGUGACCGAAAACGACCUGCUUGUACACGAUGUUCUCGGCGUGGAUUGACUUGUACUUAUCCUGAAGCUGCUCCUACUCUCAAGAAACUUCAAAAGGCAACAGAAACUUUAGGUGAUCGCAUCAAAAAGUUUAGUGAUCGUCUCAAGACAGGUGAAGGUAUGCCAACCAUCUCUUUACAACGACUGGCUCGUGGAAAUAUGGACGACACAACAACAAAUAACUUGGACCCUGAUAAUAGUAGUAUUAAUAGCAACAACAACAACAAUAAUAAUAAUAAGUCUUUGGGCCAAUCACCAGAUACAAGAUCUAUUCAUUCUAUACAUUCCGAUUCUGCUUCUGAAAAGACAUUCAACACAGAUCAAGAUGAAGAAGAUGACCGACACUUACAAAAGAAGAAACGAGUUGCUUCCACUAAUCACUUCUCAGUCUAUCCAUGCAGCAAAUGUUUUAAAGACUUACAACAAUGUGACCUUACUUUACCUCAAUGUAGUCGUUGUGAAGCCAAUGGUUUUACCUGUGAAUAUUCCAAGACUGAACCUAAAGCAAAUCAUGUAUCACAAGUUCUCAAUACAAUGAACAAAGUGAUGGAUCAAUGGCAAGAAUCGAUUGACAAGAUGGCUAAAGAUUUUGCUCAAAAGACUCGGGAUUUCUCAGCCAAGGCGAACAAUUCUCUCAAGAUCAAACCAAUGCAACCUUUUGCCUGGAAAAUCACAUCGACAAACAAAGGUCUCUCAGUGGAAAGUAGUGUUAGUUCGUUCAACGAUCUUUCGACUUUAGUGGAUCAAUUCAAACGCUCAAUGAAUAUUUCAUCUAAACCUGCAUCUGAUACUACACAAAGGGAAACUUCUCCAUACUCUGAAAUCUCGGAACCUACUUUGGAAUUGGAUGACACAUCAAGUAUUACAAGUUCUUCCUUUUCAUUUGCUAUCUGGAAUUCUUGGGCUCAUCCUACUCAUGCUAUACCUCAAGACUAUCCUAUUGAUAUAUCUCAAGAUUUAACAGACAAUUUGGUUGAAUUAUUCUGUCGUACUCCAUGCUGUUCAGCCAUCCGUAUUCCAACUAUCGAUACAGCGGAAUUUUUAUCAAGGUACAGGGAUCCAGAUCCAACUCAGCGUCCGGCAAUGGUAUUGGUCUACGCAGUAUGUGCUAUGGCGGCCCGAAAUGCAUUUCAAUUACAUGUAUGGAGCAAACGUCCAGCUUUCGAAGCUCCGCAAUACAAUAUGGGCAAGGCUCUCUCUAUGGCGUACACACUUCGUGGUCGUGAACUCUUGGCAGAAUGUUUUGAUGAACCUUCAUUGGAUCAUUGUCAGGCAGCUUGCAUUUUGUCCUACAGUAAUCACCAAAAUGGUUUUCCUGGUGUCAUCUAUAUUUAUGAAUGGAUUGCUCAUACUAUGGCACAAGAUCUUGGAUUAUAUUCUUCUGAAAGGGAAUUAACACAACGAGAAAGGAUGUUGGUAUGGAAUCUUUAUUAUUACAAUACUUGGCAUCGCGUAUUACAAGGUGGCUCAUCAAGUAUUUCUGGUGAAGGCUCUCAAUUCUACCCUCGGUGUCCCCUCCCUGACCUUCCUGUACGACCAUCGGCGGAUCAACUUUUGGCUUCUACUCCCAAUGUUCAAGUAGUGAAUUAUUAUAUCCAAUCCUUGUGGGUUUAUUUGAUUCAAUUACAGCUUUUACGUGAACGGGUAAUGACGCGUCUUGUGGCAGCUCAAGAAACUGGCAAGUUAGAUGGCAAACCGGACAUGACUUUACCUCAAGAUCUUUUGGCAAUGCAAUAUCAACUAGAACAAUUUUAUCAACAACUUCCUCCUGAUUGGCGAAAUAUCGACUUGGAAUUAAUCUUACAAACACAACAACAAUCUUUACCUCAUCAUCAUCAUCAACCUCGAAAUGAUAUAUUUAAUAUAACAUCAUCAUCAUCAUCAUCAUCAUCAUCAUCAUCAUUAUUUUCACCAUCACCAUCAUCGAAUGAUUCUUCAGCUUCUUCUGGUACUCCUCCUUCUCAAAUGGAUUCACCUAAUAGUACUACGGAUGAACAACGACAUUACUCAGUGGACGGACCGGCUUUCGCUCAAUACUGUGUAUUGUAUGUACAUGUGUUUUAUUAUAUCAAUCAAAUCCUAUUGUAUCAAUCCUUCUUCUCUUCCGAUCAUAUACCCAACUCUGAAUUUGCCAUCCAGUGUCUUCAUAUUUGUAUGCAUGCCUGUGCCUCCAUUACUCGUAUAUUGGAAAUCAUGACAAAACAGUGUGGCGAAUGCAAUGUUCCUCUUUUAGCCUUCAUUUUUGCGAAUGUGGUACAUAUCAAAUUACUUGGUUAUCAUGAUGACAAAUCAUAUCAAGAUUUUGCUGUAUUUCAUCUCCAGAAAUCCAUUGAAAUCUCCAAAAUGUCUAGCAAUUACACCUAUGAUUUUGAAUUGGCAAGAACCUUUGUUGGACUUAUGGAACAAGAUGUACAGCAACGAUUAGCGACUUUUUACAAUGACAGCAACUUCAACAUCAAUGAUUUGGCUACUUUCAAUACUUCUCCUUCUAUGAACGGCACUGAUCAUUCAUCAAUCUCACCCUUUUUCUCAGCAUCAUCAGUAUCAUCAUUAUCUGCAUCUCCUUAUCUACCUUCGAUAGUUUCCAAUCCAUCUCCUACCAACCAUCACCUUUGAAACCUAUAUAUAUAUACUGUGUAUGUAUCAUCUUUCCCUCGUUCACUUCUUUUUUUUUUUUUAUUAUUAUUUAUAUUUUUCCACCAUUCUUUGGUUAUUCCACCCUAUUUUUGUUAUUUAUUAGUUUACUUCUAUUCUUCGAUCCACUAAUCAUCAUUCCUUUAAUGUCACCUUUUUUUUUUAACUUUAAUUUAUAUCCUUACUACCUAUUUACUUAUUCGUUAUUUUACUUUAUAUAUAUAUAAAUAAAUUGUAAUUGUCUUUUUUAAUUUU